GAGCUCAUUCUGUGACGCACACUCGGCAUUUCCGGUGCACAUGUAAACGCUGUAGCGUGAUUAAGUAAAAGUUAAAGACAAAGCGAGAUUUUAUCCUAACAUUACAGCUGUUAGGAUAAUAAAUCGUAAAUAUGAAGCUGCUCACACACAACAUGUUGACAUCUCAUGUAAAGGGAGUCACUAAAGGAUACCCGCUGCUUAUUAAGGCAAUCGAGGUAAAAGUGAAUGAGGUAGAGUUCAACCCUACCUUUGUGAGCAGGAUGAUUCCCAAACUGGAGUGGAGUGCUCUUGUCCAGGCUGCAGAGGAGCUCGGUCAUCGUCAAGACCUCCCUUCUGAGCUGGUGGCGGACUAUGAGAAUAAUGAGGAUUUUCUGAAGAAAGUGCACAGAGCGAUGCUUGAGGUGGAGGUGAUCGAAGGUUGUCUUCAGUGUCCAGAGUCAGGACGAGAGUUCCCCAUCUCCAAAGGAAUCCCCAACAUGCUGUUGAAUGAAGAAGAGGUGUAAACACCAGCUGAGCUCAUUUUACAACCUCGGCCUGAACUGUCACUCAAAUUAGAUUGUGGGGAAUCAUCGCAGAGAGGAAAGAGGUUGGACUCUAGAUUGGUGGUGCCAGGA